UCGAGGAGUGUAGACGUGUUUCUCGUUAUACCUCAGCUCAGUCGAGAGUUCUCGUGUUGCUUUUUUUUACUUUCUUACCUUGCGCCCAGCACGCGUGUGAUAGUCGUGCCAAAGAGAAAGAGAGAGCGGACAGUCGAGAGACGACGCAACGUGAUUUGUUUCUACGGCUUUGUCGACCGUCUGCGUGACAACCAACAACGACAACAAUAGCAAUACAUACAUACGCACGUUUAUACGACCGAAACGGGAGGAAACGCGGCAAACGAGAUCCAUCCCGCUGGUUUUUCAUCCGAUCGCGGUUCAAGUUACGUUUUGUGCGGCUCCGCGCGAGUGGCAAUCGGAGUCGGACUCUUCCCGAGUGCAUCAGUGUGUCGUGCUGCUGCGUACCGCGAGGACAUUGAACUCUCUGUGUCGUAUCCUGCGGGACGUACUCGAACUGUCAUCCCCCGGUGCUCCCGUUCGAAGGACUGUCGAGACAAUCCGACGAUACGCAAUCUCAAUCGUAAAAAAUUGUAUACAAAUUACGGGAACAGUCUGCGUCAGUAAGACUGACACGUGAGUAGAGUUUGAAAAAAAAAGACAAACGGAACGGAAAAAACAACGAUACUUCGUCUGUUACUCGAUCUCCGUGACUUUACCAUAGAAUCGUUGAUCGAGCUCGACAAAUUCAGCCUGCAUACAGCACCUAUGGAAAGUGAUCCAUACGAGGAUCCACCUUACAGGCGCUGCAGACGACGCGAUUGAGAGAGACGCGGACAGAGAGAGCUGAGACAGACGGAGUUUGAGAGGCGGUUGUCGUGACGGGAUCAUCCGCGUCCCAGUUUUCCUCCCGGUUGAAAUUACCGCGGUGUAUCGCGGGCCACGUGCGUUUUAUACGGACAAUCCGUGGCGGCCGAUAGAGCUAGUCGGGUAGUCUCGGCGACGGAACAUUGGAGCGUGCGCUGUGCGAAAGUCACGUGUGUGCCGCCGAAAUACGAAAAUACGUCACGCGGUCCCCCGGACCAGAUACCCGUGCGGCAGCGCGCGCGCGAGAGAUCCUUGACUCUUUGUUUUCCUUCUUCCGUUGCACGAUCCAUUCGCCCCUUCUCCGAAGGGAGGAGAGAGUCGCCGAGAAAGAAGGUGAUACCCCGAAAGGUCGUUGUUUCCGUUUUGUGCGUGUUCGCCGAGCGAGGGGUCGGUCGGAGAAAAGAAAUAUAACAAGUAAAAGUGGUUAGUGCGUUGAUCCACGGACAUAUAUUGGUUCGAUUGCAGUGGCCUUCCGCUUGAAAUAAGAAAACAAACGAGAGAACAACGAAAAGAGCACGAGAAGCAAGGAGGAGGACAAGCGCACGUUCAGAGUGAAGGACCAGAGCAGCGCACCUGCCGUCACCGAGAAAUGGCGAUCCCGUUCUCUUUGCCGUCCGACGACGACGCGGAGGCCCAGGGACAGCAGCUGGAGCAAUUGAUGCUCGAUCUGUACGCCGCCCUGCAACAGGUCCUCCGGAGCAGGACCGCCCAGCAUCCGUCGCGAAAUCAUCGAUUGCCUCGACGAGCAGGCGACGGUUUCGGAUCCCGAGAACACCCGGUGGUCCUGGUCGACUCGGACCUGUCCCGUCUCCCGCUGCCGGACCUGGUGUUGUCUGCGGUGGAGCAGGUCGAGCAGCUUCCGGCCGCGACGCCCCAGGUGACCGUGUCCGCGCCGAGCAGCCCGACGAGGGACGCCGCUUUCCAGUUUCCGGAGUGCAGCAGCGAUGAAGCACCCGUACCAAGCCCGAGGCCGCGGCCACGGAGACGCAGGCUCGCCUCGGAGGGCGGCGCUGUGAAGAAGGGGCCCGUCGGCGAGUCGGCCUGCAACAACUGCUGCGGUCACUUCGGCCAGGCCUUCAACGAGAGCCAGUGGGCGAGCGUGGGUGCCAACCUCAGGAACAUCGCCGACGACUUCCACGCGUCCAAGACCAAGGCCGCCGAGAUCGAGAAGUCAAGACUGCCGGCGUUGAGCCCGGGUUUUGCAGGCGCGAACAACACCAACGGUUCUACAGACAGCAUCCUCUCGCUGCUGAUUCCGGCGCCGUUGCGCGAGACCCUGUGGACGACGGUGGCCCUCUACCUCGGAUGGAGGCUGGUCUCCCGCCUCCGAUAGAUGUUACGGUCUCGUCCUGUCGUCGUCACCGGCGACGAAGGCGAAACUAGAACUCGAAGAAUGAUCAUCGACGCUUGGAACGGCACCAGGUACAGCCGUGACGACGCGUCGUCAUCCGGUGAACCGGCAACUGGUCCUUCUAGCCCGUCGGGGAUUCCUCUUCAGGGUUACGACGCUUCUGGAAGUUCUUCCAAGAUCGAUGCCACGACUAGGAGAAUUGCAGAGAAACCGGCCGUCCGUAGAGCACGCAGCGGACCAGUUUCGAUGGUCAGUCGACCGAUGGAGGGCCGAAAGUACUCGGCCCUGCUGGACGGUCCCCAAGGGACUUCCCACCGCCAACGAUCAACACAAUCUGCAUUACGCAUUUUCUAUGUAUAUGUGUAUUUGACGCCUCGCGAUUGAGAAUGCACUUGACACCGAUUUCAUUGACCCGUCGUUUGGGACUCUUCGUUCCAGUGUCUCAUUGACGCGAAGAGCGAAGGAUCCAUCAAUGGCGACGGGAUCAACGAGAAAGGUUCGGACAGAGGCGUAAAUGUUAUUGAAGACGGGGAUGGGAACUCGACCGCUCGGCUCGUCGAACGGAACUAGAGGCGUCUUGAUUGCCAAUUACCAUUUUUGAUGUUUCCUGUUUAGUACUUUGACGGUGAAAAAGAAGAGUUAAAAGCGAUGAUGACCGUACGUCCACGUAGAUCUGGCUCCACCGACGAUCGAGGGCGUCGCGCGAUCCCCGUCGAAGCUUUCCGAUAGAUCUCAGUCUCGUCUAGAUUUCGCUACUCGAGCAUCCCAGCCGUGAGACGUGACGAUCGGCGCGACGAGGCGUUUGUGCGGAGAGCGUAUCCAGGUGCACUCUCGCUCGUCGCGGCGGAUACCGAUCGGAACAGGCUGUUUCCGUACUGUUCGAGUCGUGUGCCGAUCGUUCGCCUUCCAAUUUCGCGUCACGGAGAAGGUAAGAAGGGGACGAUAGUCGUUACCUCCCGGCGGAACGGGACCGCCGAGGUCCGCGAACGGCGAGCGGAUCGUGACACGGGUCUAGGUGAGGGUAACGGGGAGCUAAGGACGAGAUCCAAAGAGGACUUAACCCAAUAAUCAAAUGAUGAUCUCAUUAUGGAUAUAAAAUAAAGAGAAUUAAAUAAAGUAGUGUGAUUACGGGAACGGGACAGGUAGGCUGGUUCAUCGUUUCUGUGUCGCUUCUGUUUCUAUUUUCCGCCUAGCUAUCUACUCUCUCUUUCAGUCUGUUCCUUUCCGUCUGUUGCGUCUGCCGCUCUGUUAACACCUGUCUGUCCCGUUCCCGUCGGUAGGAAGUAUAUUGACGUGCUUGUAGAUAACGCGGUUACCUAGCCGAUACAGGCAGGACAGAACUCUAUCUGGGAUAUAAUGACACCGUCGCCAUGUCGUCUCGCGUACGGUCAACGAUCGCCGGGCGAUGGCCGGGAACAGAGGAAAACGACGCUAGAGGAACAUUAGCGAAAUUUGACACGACCGCGUCGUCGAAAUUGUUUCGCCGUUAAUUCUGUGUGUGUGUGCGCGUGUAAUUUUUUGUUUCUCCUUUCUUUCAACGUAUAGAAAAACGAAAAGCGCGUCGAAAACGAUUUUCGGAUUGACCCGUCCAUUGACUCGACGACGAUCGAGAUUAACGCCGAACCCCCGUGGCGACGGUCGAAUCGUCUGUACAUAGAAAGUAUCUCUGGAGGGGGAAGUCUCUCAAGUGUAUUCCAAAAAGCUAAAAUGACGAAAAAAGAGAACACGACACAACUAUUAAAAAAAAGGAAAACGCGAUACUGAGCAAGUAGGGAAAAAACGGGCGAGGACACGUAACGUGAGAGGGGAGAAACGUAUUUGUAUUUGUAUAGAGGAUUUAAACUAAAAUAAUAAAAUUCAGUAAUAAGUCGACGUUUAUAAUUAAAGUAGAUAAUCGAUAGGUCGAGGAUCGCAGCAUCUUAAUUGGCUAGCUGCGACUCCCGUGGACAGUUUUCGAAUGAUCUCCGGUAGCUUAGCUCUUAGUGGCGCCCUCGUCCGCGAUGGACGCCUUUCAUGACACGCCGGAACUGGGCUUUCUUGCAAACCCCUUUCUCCCGCGUGUCGCUCUCUCUCUAACUCUGUCCUUUAUUUCUUCCUACCCCCGCAUUCCUCCUUCAACUCCUUUUUCUUCGGUUUAAUCAUUUUCCCUCGCGACACCGUUUCUUUCGCGUCCUUGUGCGAUCUUCGCAUUCGAAAUAUCUCUGGUUUCUUUCUUCUCCUACUAUCAUUGCUGUUGUUUUUAUCGACAUUUUACUUCGUUUCGUCAUCGUCAUCUUGAUCUUUUCUGGUUUCUUUACUCCCUUCUUCUUUUUUUUCGUUUGUUUGUUACUCGUCGAUCUUUGAGAAUCUAUAAUUGAACAGUUUUGAUCUCGCGCGUCCGCAUAUUCUAGGUGUGAUCGUUUGUGUUCGCGACCCGGCGCGAGACGAUCCACGCGACCGAGGAGUUUCGACUUCGUUCGUGAGCGUUUAAAGAGGGAUCUUUUACAAUAAAGGAUAGUUAGUCUCCCUGUCGAGACACAGCCGGUGGGCUCGACGGGAUGAAACCAAAAUCAUCAUAAGGCUGUCGAUACGAUAGUAUAUUCCUGUGGACCGUUCUAUCUGUCUCUCUAAUCUGUCUCUGUCCUCCCGAGUAAAGACUUCUCUGUGUGUUUUUUUUAAUUAUUAAUAACUUUUUUUUGUACUGCGAUCGCUAUUAUUAUUAUUAUUAUUUUUUUUACUACUUUUUUUGUUUGUUUGCCUCUUUCUCUUCCAUCUUAAGGUAACGGAUAAGGUUUUUCGUGACGUACUCCGUCGAAGUAUUCCAGUGUGUAGAAAGUAUAGUAUUUAUUUAUAGGUAACAGGCCGCGUAUUUGUCUGUCGUCUAGCGAGAGAGUUGUCUCUUUUUCACGCGAAGUAUGAAUACUGCCAUUUGUCUUUAAACUAAAAAGGAAAAAAACGCGCGAGGUGUGUGCGUGCGUGUUGCAGGCGAAGCCAUCGGCCCUGUUUGAGUGUUUCCUUCGUGGAGGCAUGCCCAACUCUUUUUCGAAAGUCAAUAAUUAUUAGGUAGUCCUCGGAGCGAGGGACAAUCCCUUAGGAACGAGUGUUAGAUCCGACAGCUUUCGACGAACAGGAGAGAGGAACAAGAAAUUUUGUAGAAUUUCGAUGUUAACGGAGGAAAAACGAAUGGAAAAAAUGUUUACGAAUCGUUUCAUCGACGCGAACCUGAACCGUUUAACCGAUGAACAGCAACUAGAGUCUUUGAUGUUCUUGUCGUGAAUAGUAAGUUAAAUAUAUUAGGGUAUUUUUUAUCGAAACACUUCAGAAAUCGCCGUAUUUCUGGGGAGCACAAGUUCUGCGAUGAACCAUUCCUCUUAUUCGUACUAUCGAUUGGUUCUCGCGAUUCGUUCGAUACGAACCAAGUAACCCUUUAUCGUUCGUCCCACAUCGUUCGAUUAACCUUACAUUCGAAUCGGGAUUAUAGUAAUCUAAAGGAAAAUAUAAAUCGUACUUUAAUCGUAUUUCGUAAGAUUCUAGAGAAUGUCGACGCUUCGAGCCAGACCGUCGCUGCUUGCCAAGCAUUUGAAUCACCGACACAUUCGCACGGUACGCAUUAAAAAAUUACUAUUCUAUUUCGUAGGUCCGAAACGCAGAUUGCAAACAAUUUAAUCCGGAGUAAUUAACUAUUUCGUUACUAAAGAUGACUAUAUUCACCUGUUGUUAAGCGGUCACUAUACACUAAAGGUGGCUAUAGUCACUCGUCAACAUUAUGUCUCAGUUGUAGUAGAAUCUUCACUUUUAAACUUCAAUUUCUCAAAUUCGUAUUCGUUCGAAAUUACUUCAAUUAGGAGGCGAGAAAGCGUUAAACAGCAUAGAAAAACUCGUCAGGCCGAAGUCGUCGGUCGUUCCGUACAUCCCCGAGUUCCGUCAAGUUCCGCCCUUCUCGUUCUCCAAACGAUUGUUCGUUGGGGGUUCAGCAGCAACUUGUCUCCGGCUUUCGUCACUUUAGAAUCUCUAUAUGUUUUCGAUCAAGUUUUCUUCUCUCCUCUCUAUUUACCCGAGGAGGGGGUAAACGCGAGAGCGAGCAGGAUCGUCGUACAAUUGUGAUGUAAUAAGAUAGUAAUUGCCAUUUACUGUCGCGACCACGAGCCGCCGUACGUUAAGGGCUCGCUUGUGUGUGCGCGCGCGUGCGAAAGUUAUUAUUAUUAAAAAUAGCAUUCCGACCAAAGGAAAAGGGUGAUGACAACGUUGAAACGUGAACGCGAAAACGCCCGUGGAUCCGCGAAGAGAGAAAGAACGCGAACUUUUCCUGUUUCCCUGCAGCGCGGUGAAAUCCGUCGCCCGACAAUGCAAUGGCGGUCCCCGCGUGGCCGUGCCGCGGCUUAUUCUGAUCUCCUUUUUCACGUUCUCGUCUCCGCGCGACAAGUAUACAAGCGAUUCGAAGGGUAGACGGAGAAAAUAUACACGCGAAAAGAAAAGAAACUAAAAUAGAGCACCGACGCAAAACAAGAACAAAUUUCGCCCUGUGUACAUUGUCCUCUGUAGUGCGUUGAAUAGGAAAACAAGAGAAAUAACGAGCAGCCGAGAAGAGUUGAAAACGGUGUGUAACGUUUAGAACGAACGAUAGAAGCUACAAAAAGCGGAACAGUAAAUUAACCACGCGACGUUUAAGAUAUAUAAAAGAAAACGAAAACCGCGACCACUGAAAAAAUGCAUUGUACAUAGCCGCUUGUUGUUCGUGGGGC